AUGGCCAACAGAGUCCAGCCAGGCGGCCGCCCCGGCGCCUCGCGCUUCGCGCAGUUCAAGCUGGUGCUGCUUGGAGAGUCUGCCGUCGGAAAGAGUUCACUGGUCCUGCGCUUCGUCAAGGAUCAAUUCGACGACUACAGAGAAUCUACCAUCGGUGCCGCGUUCCUCACCCAGACCAUCGCCCUCGACGAAAGCACGACGGUCAAGUUUGAGAUUUGGGAUACGGCAGGCCAGGAGCGCUACAAGUCCCUGGCGCCCAUGUACUACCGGAAUGCCAACUGCGCCGUUGUCGUCUACGACAUCACGCAAGCCUCCUCUUUAGACAAGGCAAAGGCAUGGGUGAAGGAACUGCAGAGGCAAGCAAACGAGAACAUCAUUAUCGCUCUCGCCGGCAACAAGCUCGAUCUUGUCACCGAAAACCCAGACAAGCGCGCAAUAGCCGCUGCCGACGCGGAGCAGUACGCUAAGGAGGCCGGACUCCUCUUUUUCGAAACGUCGGCCAAGACGUCGGAGAACGUGCGCGAGCUCUUCACCGCCAUCGCGAAGAAGCUGCCGCUUGACCAGGCCGGCCCCAGAAACAUUCGGUCUGGCCCCCGUCCCGGCGUGGACCUCAGGCCGGAGGCGACAAGCGGACAGGGUGCGGCGGGCUGCAACUGCUAA